AUGGAAUGCCUCCGAGACAACUUCCACCAUGGAGUCAUUCUUGGUGGUCGGUAUCAGACCAUCUCGCCUCUUAAUCAUGGUUCAUUUGGCAUGGUCUUCAUGGCCCAGGAUCUCUCGACGAAUCAGACAGUCGCCGUCAAGUGUUUGACGAAGAAGUCAGCCGCGAACGACCCCGGCUUCGAAUUUGCCAUCGACGACAAGUCCGAGGAGCUUAUCCUCCACGGCCGGCUUGGCUCGCAUCCGAACAUUGUGAACCUCAUUGAUUCGUUUGAGACAGACGCUCAUGUUUACCUGGUACUGGAGUUCUGCCCGCGCGGCGACCUUUAUGAGGCGAUCCGGAUGGGACAUGGCCCCUUGGAGACUGAGCACGUGAGGCGUUUCAUGCUAGAACUCGUCGACGCUGUUGCCUACAUCCACUCCAAGGGCAUCUAUCAUCGCGACAUCAAGCCUGAGAACAUCUUCCUCACCCAGUCUGGCUCCAUGAAACUGGGCGAUUUUGGGCUGGCGACCACCGAGGAGUGGACCUAUGAGACGACAGUUGGAAGCGAUCGUUACAUGUCGCCGGAGCAGUAUGACUCAGCCGGUGCCGGAUACUCGCCCGCUCAAGCUGACAUCUGGGCCAUCGGCAUCUGCCUCCUCAACGUGCUGUUCUCGCGGAACCCGUUCACGACCCCCACCGAGGCCGAUCCCCUGUUCCUUGAUUUCUCUCGCGACAAGCAGUCCUUGUUCGAUGUGUUCCCUUCCAUGUCUCAGGACACCUUUGAGGUCAUCGUGCACUGCAUGAGCCUGGACCCGAGGAAACGGUCUCUUUCCAAGGUCCGUGAGGCCCUGCUUCGCGUCGUCAGUUUCACUACGCUCGACGAGGCCCUCGACGAUUUCUGCUCCGCCGACCGUCGUGUUAUUCCCAGCUCCAACCGCGAACCGCUGCGUACCCCAUCCAUCCAGAGCCCUCAGGCUGAUAACGGUGCUUUCCCUUGGGCGAAGGCCUUGCAUGCCACCCCGCCAAAGCCUAUCCGGCAGCUCAGUAUCAUCCCAGACGACGAGAUCUACGAGGAAGACUUGUUCUCCAAAUCUGGGACGACAAACGAUUGGAUGUCGGGCAUUGGACAAACUCCUUCCAUGUCGUCAUACGUGGACUCGAGCCUCGGGGUUUCCAUGCAGUCUCUUACGGUGCCCGAAGACUUCCAGCCCAAGCUGCCCGCCAAGGCUACGGCGAAAGCCGUCCCGAUGGCGGCUUCACUGCCCAUCGCCAUGUCCAGGAACCGCAAUCAGUCUGCCAUGUCCCUGAUCUUCGGGCGUAAGGACACGGUAUCCAAGAGCUGGAGCGACUUGUGGGAAGAGGAUUUCGAGGAGCAAGAGCAGGCUCGCCAACUGCAGGCCCUAAAAGAAAUGAACUCGAGAACUUGGAGCCAUGAGAGCAAGCACGAGUCCUCGGCAGCGGUCGACGAUGAAAACACGCCGCGCGCUGGCUUGUCCCCUGCAACCAAAACCGCCAGUCUUGUCCAUGAUGCGAAUAGGAUUGAUUCCAUUGAUGCAGCGCUUGAGCAGAGACGAGGCGGAACCGUCGAGGACGAAGAUCCCGAGACCGAUGGCUUGUUUUUCUGGGAGGCGCCACCAGUCAAGGAAGAACCUCAGCUUCCGACUCGUCACUCCCCGCUUCCAAAGCGGAAUGACAUGGAUAAGUGGGCAGCUCUCGGUGAGCGUCGGCGAGCAUACACUGGUAGCUCGCCGUCAAAGGUGCCUUCUCUCCCUCUCCGGUCGGGCCGCCAGCUUGGGGCUGGCUUCCCCGCUAGUUCCCCUGGCAAGGGACACGGCGUCUUUGAUGUCUACAACGACUCUCACCACACUUCUUCUGGGAACCACUCUGCUCAUCACAAUCAUCAUCACGGAUCCCACCAGGGUAGGUGGAGCAAUCAAGGCAAUUGGGAGCGCGCCAAGGAGUGUCCUCGCAGCAAGGGCCGCGAUCGAGACUGGAAUUGGAAUUUUGAUUGGCGCCGGGAAAGGCGUAACGCCUUCCACGUCGAGUGGGUUGGUGGCUGGCAAGAAGCAGCUCGCUCAUGA